AUGGCAUCUAGGAUCCUAAUCGUGGAUUGGGAUGUUCACCAUGGGAAUGGGACUCAGCACAUAUUUGAGGAAGACCCCAGUGUAUUAUACGUGUCCCUGCACCGGUAUGACCGUGGUACUUUCUUCCCCAUGGGGGAUGAGGGUGCCAGUAGCCAAGUAGGGCGAGCUGCAGGUACAGGCUUCACUGUCAAUGUGCCCUGGAAUGGGCCCCGCAUGGGGGAUGCUGAUUACCUGGCUACGUGGCAUCGGCUGGUACUUCCCAUCGCCUAUGAGUUUAACCCAGAGCUGGUGCUGAUAUCAGCUGGCUUUGAUGCUGCCCAAGGGGACCCACUGGGAGGCUGCCAAGUGACACCUGAGGGUUAUGCCCACCUCACCCACCUGCUGAUGGGCCUUGCUGGUGGCCGUAUUAUUCUUAUUCUGGAGGGUGGCUACAACUUGGCAUCCAUCUCUGAAUCUAUGGCUGCCUGCACCCAUUCCCUCCUUGGAGACUCACCACCCCAGCUUACUUCGCUGCGACCUCCCCAGUCAGGAGCCCUGGCUUCAAUCAGUGAGGUCAUCCAAGUGCAUCGCAAAUACUGGCGCAGUUUGCGGUUAAUGAAGAUGGAAGACAAGGAAGAAUGCUCUAGUUCUAGGCUUGUCAUCAAGAAGCUGCCCCAAUCGGCUAGUCCUGUGUCCGCUAAGGGAAUGACACACCAAAAAGGAAAGGUUCUCAAGCAGGCAUGAGGAAGCCCACAACGGCAUUACCUACAAAAAGAGUCGACUCUAGGCCAGGCUAAAGCAAAGACAGCUAAGGCAUUGCUCGCCCAGGGCCAGUCCUCAGAACAAGCUGCUAAGGGAACUACACUGGGUCUGGCCACCUCAAAGGACACUGUGGGAGGUGCCACAACUGACCAGUGUGCUUCAGUAGCAGCUACAGAAAACUCAGAUAACCAGACCAUGUCAGAGGAGGCGGCUUCAGGAGAAACUGAGUCAUUCGGAACUUCUCCAGCCUCAAAUGCCAGCAAGCAGACCACAGGAGCUUCACCUCUGCACGGAGCCGCAGCCCAGCAGUCCCCCAAGCUUGGGCUUUCCAGCACUUUGGAGCUAAGCAGUGAAGCUCAGGAAGUCCAAGAAUCCGAGGAGGGCCUACUAGGAGAAGCAGCUGGAGGUCAGGACAUGAACAGCUUGAUGCUGACACAAGGAUUUGGGGACUUUAAUACCCAGGAUGUAUUUUAUGCCGUGACUCCACUAUCCUGGUGUCCCCACUUGAUGGCGGUGUGCCCCAUUCCUGCAGCAGGCCUAGAUGUGUCCCAACCUUGUAAGACCUGUGGAUCGUUUCAGGAGAACUGGGUGUGUCUGACUUGUUAUCAGGUGUACUGCAGUCGCUAUGUCAAUGCCCAUAUGGUCUGCCACCAUGAAGCCUCUGAACACCCGCUGGUCCUCAGCUGUGUUGACCUGUCUACCUGGUGUUACCUCUGUCAGGCCUAUGUCCACCACGAGGAUCUCCAAGAUGUGAAGAACGCUGCCCACCAGAACAAGUUUGGGGAGGGCAUGCCGCACUUUCAGUAAAUCCCAGACCACGCUGCCUGUUUACCUUCUGAGGCCCCACACAGAGCAGCUUAGCUCACUGCAGUCUGUACCUUGAAUGGGGUGGCCUCCUUUGACCCAUCUUUGAAUAUCCUUUGCAAGGUGCUUAUUUAAGUGCAAAUCCUUUUCAGAGGACUCUAAUGUUUGGUUUUAGAUGUGCCCCUGCCCACUGCCUGCAUGACCGUUCUACCCAGAUGGAAAGAGGGACAACUUAGUAGCCCUAGGAAGGAGCUGAGAUCACAAGGAUGAUGUUGAAGGAGACAAGUGGCAGUGGUGGCAGGCCUGCAUAUUUAAUAAAGUUGAAGUUGUUACAAAACCUGAA